ACACACGAAUUCUUUCAGAGUCGUAAUCUGUUAAAGCUGGCUCAUAACCAAUAACAAAGGUAAAAGAAGAUGAUUGGAGUCAGCAGACCAAUGAUUCCACAGACGUACAGCAAGGCUAGCAGUAACCAAAAUGUCAGCUGUUGUUCAGCAUUCCACUAGGGUGGUGCAGAUGAAAAUGAAGCUGAUGUAGCAGUGUAUUACCAUGGCAGUGACACUAUGGCGGAUGUGUGGACGUAUGCCUAACAGUCGACAACUUCUAUUACUGGCAUGCCUUCUAUUCUUUUUCUGGUGUGUCACUCUUUAUCGCAUGUCCACCACCACGGGCGGAACAGAAAAGGAGAGUGAAAUCUUAAAGAAUGAAAUUAUCCAAUUAAGUGAAAAUUAUGUGCGAGCACUAGCCCGGGAGAAUUCCGACAUAGUGGAUGGCCCCUAUGCUGGUCGUUUUACUGCCUACGAUUUGAAGAAAACGAUGGCGGUGCUUUUAGAAAGCAUGCUUGAACGACUUAAUAAGUUAGAAAUAAAAAUUAACAAUGCAAUCAAUGGGACCAACAACUCAACAGUGUCUAAUGCUACAAGCAGUCAAUCUGUGCGUUCAAACUAUCAGCUACGGGCAGAAGAUUUGAUUCAAGGGAAAGGGGAACAGUGUGAUCUCACUACACAGGAGAAACAGUUGUACCCGCACUGUACUACAAAGAUAGAAUGGAUGAAGGCGAUGUGGAAGUCAGAUCCUUGUUACAAGUCUUAUGGAGUGGAUGGAUCCAUAUGUUCUUUUGUUAUGUAUUUAAGUGAGAUUGAAGGUUGGUGUCCUACAAAGGCCUGGCGAGGAAACAUUAAACCACCAAAAGAGGACAUGUCUAAAGUUAAAUAUGCAAAUGUUACCACAGACUUACAAGCACUGAUGAAAAUUUUAGUGGAUCCUAAUGAGCGACAGAGUUAUGCAUGGAUUAGGAUGAGAAUACGACGACUGUGGGACAAGUGGACAGGAGGGAUCACCAGACUUACCAAGAAACAGAACCUGGGUGGUAGGAGACGUAAAAAGAUAUUGGUCCAUCUGGGUCUGCUCUCUAAACAGUCUGGCUGGGGCAUCGCUGAAAAUCAAUUUAAAGGAGGCCCAUUAGGGGAACUUGUGCAAUGGAGUGAUCUUCUGUCUACAUUGUUUAUACUGGGGCAUGACAUCAUUGUAACUAGUGAGACCGACCAGCUGGCAGGAAUUUUAUCAAAGCUGCCUGCUGCUAAUUCACCCUGUCAGAGUCGAGCUGAUCUGCCAGUACACAUCAUUUACACUGAUAUCGUAGGUCUGACACAAUUCAGGAAGCAUGUCAAAGGUGGAUAUGCCAAAUUCAGCUGUCUGCUGAGAAUAGUUGAUUCAUUUGGGACAGAACCAGCUUAUAAUCACAGGGUGUAUGCUAAAGCUCACAAGCUAGUGACAUUUUGGGGAGGCCAGAAUCUACAGCCACAACAGUUCUUCACCAUGUUCCCCCACAGCCCUGACAACUCAUUUAUGGGAUUCCUUGUGGAGCAGCACCUUAAUGACAGCCGUGUACAGGACAUCAAACGCAAGGACCAGGCUGUUGUGUAUGGUAAACGGGAGUAUAUGUGGGAGGGACGGCAAAAAUAUUUAGAGGUGAUAAAAAAUGCUCAGCUGGAUGUUCAUGGGACUGUUUACUUUGAUCAAAAAAAUACUACGCAUGGAAAAAAAUCUCAGUUUCCAGAGUAUGUCAUUAAUCAUGGUUUCCUAAACGGAGAGGAUCUGCAUUAUCUCCUACGUCAGUCAAAGAUAUUUGUGGGACUUGGGUUCCCCUAUGAGGGUCCUGCUCCACUUGAGGCCAUAGCUAAUGGCUGCGUUUUUAUCAACCCGAAAUUUAAGCCACCUCAUAGCAGCAAGAAUACACCUUUUUUUAAGGGCAAGCCUACUCAGAGACAAGUGACGAGCCAGCAUCCUUAUGCGGAACAGUUUAUUGGAGAACCAUAUGUUCACACAAUUGAUAUUAACAACCUAGAUGAAGUUAGAUAUACUGUCGCCAAAAUCCUGGAGAAUAAAAAGUUUCAGCCUUAUCUUCCAUACGAAUUCACAGAGGAAGGAAUGUUACAGAGGAUGAAUGCCUACAUCGAGCAUCAGAAUUUCUGUGAAUUUCAAAAACGGCCCGCAAAAUGGCCACCCAGUUCAUCCAUCAAGUUCCUGCUUGGUGAACCAGACAAAUCCUGUCAAGACGUUUGCUGGUCAAAAAAUCUUAUGUGUGAGCCGAGUCAUUUCCGGGAGCUGAAUUCCAUGGAUCCUCUCACCAAAUAUGGUGUAUCGUGUAAAUUGGGAAAAUCCUUGUCGGAUAUCUAUUAUCCAGCCUAUGACAUUAACACUGCCGAGUGUAUUAUACAAAAGGAGGAGAUGUUGUUUAGCUGUGUUGGUCAGUCCGCCAAUCUCCAGCGCCUCUGUCCGUGCCGUACCUAUAUCAAGGGUCAAUCAGCCUUGUGUGAAGAAUGUGUCCGGUGACAUCUACUCCUAACAUAGUCAUCAGUUUCUUUCUAUUUGCAGUUUGUGAUGAAAAUUUGUAUUUAUAAUUACCUUCAUCUUUUUAUUACAACUUUCCCGUUGUCAGUGUGACAACACCCAUCACAUAACUACCCUGGU